AAAAUACAUGACGUGAACAGAGACACUGGCCAAAAGCGGAUUGUGGGAUGAUAUGUGAUAUGACUGUUCAGCCUAAAAUGGCGGAUAUAUGAGAAACUUCUGAAGAGAACUGCAUAACUCAACAACUCCAAACACAAACUACAGCUGAGUCUCUUCCUCUGUGAGUGAUACACCUCUCUCUCUUUAACACGCACUGUGAUGAUCAGCAGAAGAUGAUGUUCUCCAUAAAGCGAUUGGAUAUAUUCCAGCUGUGCCUUGGAUCUGCUUUCCUUCUUCUUCUCCUCCUCCAUGGAGUUCAGUCUUCUCCAAGCUUUUCCAGAGAUGCAAUUGAACUGAUGUCAAAAUAUCCACUGAUUGACGGACACAACGAUCUUGCUCUGCGUCUCAGGAUUUUUAAAAACAACAAGCUCAGCGAAAUUGAUUUACACAACUACAACAAAACAGCCACAGAUAUAAACCGACUCAAAGCUGCUCAUGUUGGAGGACAGCUCUUUGCAGCGUAUGUGUUGUGUACAGCUCAGGAGAAGGACGCAGUGAGGCUGACCCUGGAACAGAUCGAUUUGAUACGGCGUAUCUGUACUGAAUACUCAGAGCUGGAGCUCGCUACCACAGCAGAGGAACUGAGGAACACGACGAAGAUAGCCUGUCUGAUCAGUGUAGAAGGAGGUCAUUCCAUAGACAGCAGUCUGCCAGCACUGCGCAUGUUCUACCAACUCGGAGUGCGAUCAAUGACCCUCACACACAACUGCAACACACCUUGGGCAAAGACCUCGUCUGCGUAUUACUCCUAUUAUAAGAAUGAGAAGAGAAACCUGACGGAGUUUGGUAAGGCAGUAGUGGAUGAGAUGAACAGGCUGGGAAUGCUGAUUGAUUUGUCCCAUACCUCUUUGGGCACAGCGUCUGAAGUGCUAAAGCAUUCCAAGGCUCCCGUCAUCUUCAGCCACUCCUCCGCUUACAGCAUCUGCAACCACAGCCGCAACGUCCCGGAUCACCUGCUUCACGAUCUGAAAAAGAAUGGAGGGCUCAUCAUGGUGAACUUCCACAACAGUUUCAUAGCCUGUCAAGGAAAAGCAAAUAUCUCCAUUGUAGCUGACCAUUUUGACCAUCUAAAGCGUGUGGUAGGAGCAGAACACAUUGGCAUCGGAGGCGACUAUGAUGGUGCUAUUGGAUUUCCUCAGGGUCUGGAGGAUGUGUCCAAAUACCCUGCUCUGAUAGGUGAACUGCUGGAGAGAGGGUGGAGCAAGGAGAAGUUGGCAGACGUGCUGAGACUCAACUUCCUGAGAGUGUUUGAGAAAGUAGAGAAGAUACGUGAUGAUCUGAGCAACACUCAUCCCAGUGAGGUGCAGAUUGCCUUUGCAGAGGCUAAUAACUCAUGCCGUUUGGAGCUAAAGGCCCCGGUCAUCCCUGGAGAGAUGCAUAACGUACGCUCAGGUUCUCCUUUAGCGUCAGUGAGUGUUCUGUUUUGGACUCUUCUCCCACUGUACUGUUACCUGCUGCUCUCUUAAAGCAGCACAUUUCAUUUCAUUUCAUGUACAAUAGAAAAAUAUAUAUGUAAAUAUACAUGUAUAUAAAGUACAGCCAAAAUUUUGGACACACCUUUUUAUUCAAUGUUUUUUUCCUACAUUGUAAAUUAAUAUUAAAGUGGUCCAGACUAUGAACUUAAAAGAGUGAAACAAACCAAAUUCUCUUAUAUGGGAGCUGUUAACUUGCUGUUUCUGAGGCUGGUAACUCUGAUGAACUUAUCCUGUGCAACAGAGGAAACUCUUGCACUUCCUUUCCUGGGGCAGCCCUGAUAAGAGACUGCACUACUGGAUAUUUUCUUAAAAGUUCUUUACUUAGUUCUUUUUUAGUAGUUCUUGUCAUAAUCUGGAUUAGAAUAUUACUCAAAUAGAGCUGUUCACUGCUUACCAACUCUACCUCUUCACAACUUUACAACUGAUGCUCUUAAACACAUUAGCAGACAAGAAAUUAGUUAAAAGAAAGUAGUUAACUCUUGACAAGUUCAGCACAGCUGUUAACUGAAAGCCUGAAUUACAGGUGACUCUACCUCAUAAAGCUGACUGAGAAAAUGCCAGGAUGUGCAAACAAGAGGUGUUUUUUGUAUAUUAAAUAAUUCCAUAUGUGUUUCUUCAUAGUUUGGAUGGCUUUAGUAUUAAUUUUUUAAUGCAGAACAUUUUAAUAAUGAAAAAACAAUGAAUUUAAGGUGUGUCCAAACUUGUGACUGGUACUUUAUAUACAGUUCUGGAAAAAAUUAAGAGGCCACUUUAGUUUCUGAAACAGUUUCUUUGAUUUUGCUAUUUAUAGGUACAUGUUUGAGUAAAAUAAACGUUGUUUAAUUCUAAAAACUACGGACAAUAUUUCUCAAAUAUUCAAAUAUUGUCAUUUAGAGCAUUUAUUUGCAAAAAAUGAGAAAUGGCUAAAAUAACAAAAAGAUGCAGAGCUAAUUAUCUGCUAAAGAUCUCAAAUUAUAGUCAUAAAGAGUUCAGAAAUCAAUAUUUGGUGGAAUAACUCUGUUUUUUAAAUCACAGUUUUCAUGCAUAUUGGUAUGUUCUCCUCUACCAGUCUUACACACUGCUUUUGUAUACCUUUAUGCCUUUCCUGGUGCAAAAAAUCAAGCAGUUCAGUUUGGUUUGAUGGCUUGUGAUCAUCCAACUUCCUCUUGAUUAUUUUCCAGAUGUUUUUAAUUUAGUAAAAUCAAAGAAACUCCUCAUUUUUAAGGGGUCUCUUAUUUUUUUUUCAGAGCUGCAUAUACACCAAUCAGGAAUAACAUUUUGACCACCUACUUGAUUCAGUAGUGGUAGCAAACAGAAGCAUUAUUAUAAAGUUUUAUAAAUACAGACUGUAUUACUUCUGCCAAUCAUGGUUCUUCAUCUGCUGAUAAAAUGGACAGUGCAUGGAGAAAUAAGGAGGUAGUCAUAAUAUUCUGAUAUGACUGUGUUUAUGUAUGUAACUAUUUACAUUCAUAAAACACAAGCAGCUAGUGCUAUCAGAGGUGCUGCGACUGCAGGAAGUGCUGUCUUAGUCUUUAGCAAUGAGAGGUGAUGUGUAUUUUAUACUGUAACUAUAUUUAUAACUAUUUGCACAUACAGUAUUGAUAUGCUUUCAUGAAUGUGAACCUUUUGUGCUUUCUAAAACUUUUUAAAAGUUAGUUUUGAAUAUAUAUAUAUAUAUAUAUAUAUAUAUAUAUAUAUAUGACUUCAGUGUGAAAUGAACUUGGGUUGUAGGGAAACAUGAUAUUCAGUGUGAAUUUUGUCUAGUAGCACACAUCCAUUCACCCCAUAAAUACAGUGCUUUUAGCCGAUGCUCCCAACUGGCUAGAGAUACUAGCUAGAGAUAGGGGAAUUGUAAGCUUCACUCCACCUUUUAGACUUGUUCUCUAAGUGCUCAGAAUAGUGACUGUAUUUCCUGCUAGAAAACGCGCAUCUCUCUCCUUCCUCCAGUGUGUGUGUGUGUGUGUGUGUGUGUGUGUGUAUAAGUGAGGUGGAGAGUUUUAGCCUGUUAGCUUGUUAGCUCGCUAGCCUGUUGUUAUUUUGGUGUGGUUGCGGCCGACAGCAACCAUUGUAAGUUCCAGCAAUAAAGCUACGAUUGUAAACUUCGUUCUCGUCCAUCCUUUCAACUUGUGGGAUGCUAAUAUUUCUUUUUACUAAGUAAAAUGACUAAAAAGUAACGCAUAGUGACUUGGAUAAGUAACGUUAGCCGCGCUAACACACUAGCACUGUAAGCCUGUUGGGAGCAUUGGCUAAAACAGCUGUAUUGCUGAGGGAAUGAUGGUGGUGAACGGAGGUGGGUUAUUUGACAGAAGUUUGUCCUGUUAUCAUGAUUCACUAAACCACAAGUCUAUUUCACACCGGAUUUCUCCUUUAAGGGAAGCAGGCAUGUUAUUUAUGUAAUAAUAUUUAGGAGCUAUGAUGGGUUUUCAGGAAAUGCAAACAAAUCACAUGUAAAUCCUCAGUACAGGACAGAUGCAGAACUGUUACAGUGCUUUCCAUGAAUCAAAUCGACUCGUAUAUCUAUUUAUAUUUAUUUUAUUCUUGAUUAUCUAAGUGAAGUAUAUUGUCUAAGUUUAUUUUUAAUUUUAUAAGUGUAAGUGUGUGUAUAUUCUUUACAAAAAGCACACUUUUUUACAUUUUGAAGGUGCCAAACAAUGCCUUUAAUGUUAAUGUCUUUGCUAAUAGCAAAUACUAGAUGUUUUAUGUUGGCUAUGUUGUUUUACAAACCAAUUUACAGCCCUCCUAUUUUUUCUCAGACAUAAAAAUGUAAAUACUAUUAUAUACUAGUGCACAACCACUCUUUCUCACAGUAUAUGCUUCAUUUAAAAUAUUGCAAAAAAUGAACCAAAGAUGUGGCAAAGUGUGGCAAAUAAACAGAAUUAGAUUUUUGUUAUUUAAGAUUGCUUCUGUUAAAUUGAAUUUGUUUAAAAUUAUUUUCACUUAAGACAUAUGUAACAAUAUAUGAUUUUAAGAAUAUAUGAUCCCCAUGCAUUUAUAACUUCAUAACUUAUGCUGCCUCGCCAGAAAACUGGUCUGUUAUCUUGGUUUAUAAUUUCAUAUCAUCAUUUUGCAUCAAUCUUCAUAUGUUACUGUAUAUUACUGUAAUAUUUUCAGCUUUACUGUAAUACUGUACAUUUGUCUUGUAGAGAUUUUUUUUUGUUAAAUUUUAUUGUUAUAUAUAAUAAUAUACUUUUAUAUACUUUAUUUAUGUACAACAUUUCUGUGGUGUUUAAAAAAUAAUUCCUUCUGUAAUUAAAGUAGGCCAAAAAAUGUGAAAUAAAAUUGACUGAACUGACACAAACAAA